AUGGAAAAUGUCUGCUUGCUAGCUAUUCAUAGUGCUCGUGGGUUUAUUUGGAGUACUCUAAUUAUAUAUGUUAUACCAAUUAUUCUCAUCAAUAUUAUUUAUAUACAGCUGACGCGUUUUAUUCGUCGAUCAUCUAUGACUGUUUCAGCACAAGCUAAACGUGAUUUGAUUGUAGCACAUCGUAUUGUACUUGUUAUAUCCAUAUUAACAGUGAUGGGUAUUCCUUCUGUUGUGUUGAGACUAAUGUUACCUUUUACUGAUGUAGGAAAACCAUUGUUUUAUCGCAUUCAGAAUAUGGCUGUAGUCACUGGUUUCUUCGUUCUUAGUUUUAUGCUCGUCUAUGUCACUCCUCAAAUCAAAGAAAUAUUCAAACCAACACGAAGGACAAAUAUAGUAACACCCAUACAUAUACAACAAUAAUGUAUUUUACUUGCCACAAUCACCAAAUAUUAGCACUACAUACUACAAACAAUUAUCAUGAUGAAUAUGUUUUAUAUCAUUUUUUGAAGCUACAAUAAAUCUCAGAUACAAUAGAAAAGUGAAAGAUGGUGACAACUUUAAACAUUUUCUUUUUCAAUAAAUAUUCACUAUAUAUAUAUAUAAAAUUACAUAAUAUAAUUUCAACAUAUUUUAUUGAAAUGUUGUGUUAGUAUUUAGACUACAGGAGAGAAUAUAUUACUUAACAAAAAGAAAACUUAAAUAUAAAGAAUAAUUUCGAUUGUUGAAUAUAGCCGUUUUAUAUUCAAAUUAGAGGUUUCAUUUUUACAUUUUUUUAUGAAUUAAAAUACUAAUGUGUAUUUAUUUUUCACAUCAGUUAUACAACUAAACAUAAUAUAGAGUCUAAUUUGAACCUAACUUGGUAACUAUAUUCGUUGAUUCUUACAAGAAUAGUAAAGCUAUCAUCUCUUAUCUCGAUUUAUUCUUAUAUAAAACUCGAGAAAUAUCAAGAAUAAAUGAAAAUGACAAGAUAAAAAGAAUUCUACUAUAGAUUAGAUAUGAAUCAGUAAAAAAAAGAGAAUAAGAUGUAAACUUCAUUGCCAAAUUCAUGAAUAAUUUUAAUGUACCAAGGUGCUUUGAAGAACCGCAUUUAAUAAAUGUAUGAAUUUAAUUCUUUGUAUAGUAAAUUUUUAUGAAUAAAAUGAAUGAAUUUAAUACAAUCAUUAACAUUGUUCAUUUCGACAGAACACCAUUUUACAAUAUAUUGUCAAUUAUUAUUAGUACUUUGAUUUACCAAAAUAAUUUUACUAUAACCAUUAAAAGUACUACAGACUAGAAAACUCAUAUAAAUGUUAGCUCAUGUACUCUAUUAGGGUCAGUUUUUUCGUUAAGAUAAACAAGAACUCACAAUCAUCGACCGUCCCUUGAUGUUUCGAAUAUUUCAACAACAUGCCAGAUAAUAGUACCACCUGUUGAAACAGAUGUUUCAUCUAAUUAAGUUUGAAAAAUAUUACUUGGAUGCAUAUAAAAUAUAUACUCGAAAUUAAUACAUGUUUUCAUGGAAUGGGGUUAUUUUAUGAGUGUUUACGUUAGAGGCCAUUUAUAAAUGGCGUCAAAAUAAAAGUCAUAUUUUUUAUCCUUCAUCCAUUUAGUCAAGUUUCAUCGAUCGCCUCUACCUCCUGAACGUGUAGAAAUGUGUCUGAUCCCAUCCUUCUUCGCUUCCAAGUUUGUCUACUUUUUGUACACGUCCUCACCCAAUUCUUUAGACAUUUUUUAUGGAUAAUCUCUAUAUGAUGUAAAAUAUGAAGAAAGUAACCAAUAUACAAACAAAAACAAAACUAGAACGAUUGUUAGAAGAUCUUGGGAAAAGGAAAAUAAAAAAAUAUGUUGGUUUGAAUACUGGUGAAAUAAUUUACAAAUAAUAAGUAUCCACAAAGUAAUAACUGAGACAAUUGUCUAGUUACAUUAAUCAUUGGCAAUUGAAUUAACAUGUUAUUUGAUAAGUAGUUACUUCCAAACAGUGCGACUGAAAAAGCGAAUUUUGAACAUGAUGUCCAUAGGAAAGAGCUGAUUUUUUAAAAAUUUUAUUUAUCAAUUUUAAAUCAAAAAAAUUCCAAAACAUUUCUUAUUUAAAAAAGUCUGGUUUUCAACGUUUUGUGCCUUGAUUUUAAAUAUUUUUGUUAUAAUUACAGAAAAAAAGAUCUUUUCGAUUAUGUUGAUUUUUCUGAAGUUUUUUAUCACAAUGAUUUUUUUUAUUUAGAAUUACUAAAGAAUCAAAAAAAGAAAAUCUGAUUUCAGCUGUCUCACUUACUUCAUAUACAAUGGGUUAUUUGGAUUCCAAGAAAAAGCAUAGAGUGAGAUUAAGUAGGCUUAAAGUAUACUAUAUGUAGAUAAUGAACGUUACAUGGUAUGAUACAUUCUCUGUUUGUCUGUCACUUAUUUUCGAGAAUCACUUGACAUAAGUACUCACGAACCUGCACCUUUUUAACAAUUAAAUUGUCAAUAGAGAAACAAAACAUUCUGUAAAAUAGAUUCUCCAUCUGUUUUCUCAUAUCAAUCAGAUUCGUUGAACACAAACACUUGAAACUUUAAAUCUUGAAUUCAAUAGAAUCAUCGGCGAAAAUGUGCAAUAUAUGACUAAUGUAGUAUAGGAAUAAUAUAAUAUUCCAUGCUGUAGAAAUUGUCGUUAUUUAGGCGAUUUUCAAAAAAACUGCCAUAAAAUCAAUGAGUAAAUAGGAUUUUAUCGUGAUUAUGACAUAAGAAAUAAUUCUUUUAAAAAUCGACUAUAUAUCUGAGCGAUUAAUCCUAUAUAAUCAUUGAUUUCAGUAAAUGGAUGUGAAAUAUCAACUGAUUAGAGAAAGACUUCAUGAUUUGUAAAAUUGACAAUUAAUUAUAAUUUUUACAUAUUUUUCUACUAUAAUUUGAAGAUUAAGAGAAAAAUUUAGUUUUGACAUUGAUGACAUUGAACAAUUUUCGAAAAACCAUUGAACUAAAAUUCGCAUUCGCAUUUAUUUAUUUAUUUCAAAAGAUGUUUUUUUUUAACAUCAGAUAUGUUUUCAAAACAAGAAAUCGGACCAUUAGCAUUGUUCUAUAGUAGAUUCCAUUUUACAUAGAUGAGUUCUUAAAUCCUAGAUUAAUGCUAAGUUGAAAAGACUUGUCUUUUUUUUAAGAUGACAUCUUCUAUCGUUAUCCAUGAAGUCCUGUUUUUUAAUCACAGUUUCUAUUCUUUGCUUUAUUUUAGAUAUUUAAUUUAUUAGCAAAAAAUAUCGAUGCGUAGAGUGAUUUCAGAGAAAAAACUCAAUUCAAAAUAUCAACUUGUACGUGUAGACAUUUUUGUUGUUUUAUAAUCUUUAUUUCUCCUUCAAUUCUAUUCGCAUUUACUUAUGAAGAACUGUAUGCCACAUUCAUGUUUUUUAUUUUUAAUAUAUGCUUCAUUAAGCGAGCUUUCGAGACUAACCUACUCCUUCGUCCCAUUGAGUCUUACCUUGAAGGAAUCUUCCAAGAGAGACAAUAAUUUAGACAAAUUUUACCUUGACUGAAAGGAUAGAGUCUAGAAAUCGAAAUUCGCCUGUCGGUCUGUCUGUUUAUAGCACAUGGUACAAGUGACCAUGACGAUGAUAUUACGUUCCCACCCAUGCAUCAAGACCUGACUUAAACCGCUGCUAUGGAUAGUCAUAAAAGAGCAUGUAUAACUGAAUGCAUUGAUGGUUUUUUCCCAUCAGCUGAGAGGUG